AUGAAAAAGUUUACGGCUUUGCAUCAAUUUUACCGAAAAAUUCUUUCGCAAUGUGGUUUUGAUUGGACUUUUGAUUAUUUCACGUUGAAUUUGCGACGUCAGAAAAUCAUUUGCGCCAUUUUGGUGUUCUUUUUGUAUCUCAACACGUUUAAUGCAACAAUUUUUCUCAGCAGCUUCGAAUCUUUUGGAAUCUGGGCAGUUUGUGUCAUUUUCUUUUGUGCAGGUUCAUUCUCCUGCCUUGCAGCUUUGCUUCUUUUCGUUUACGGAAAAGAAUGCAAAUAUUUGCUCGAUUGGUGCAGCAACUUGUACAUUUCGCCAACGGAUGUUCGUCUGAUCCGAAUCCAUGACGAUAUUUUUCGAAAAGCAGCUCGGGAGACAAUCCUUCUUGCCAAAGUCACGUUUUAUGGGUUCAAGUUUUUGUUGAUUGUGAUUUUUUUGCCGCCAAUUCCUCUGUACUUUUUCACCGGAACUGUCAUGUUGCCCGCAACUUUUUACUUUCCAGGUUUGCCAUACACCGAGUUGCCGUAUUACUUGCUGAAUUAUAUCUCGCAGUUCUUGGGAGUUUAUUGUGCGACAAGUGUGACGCCGAUAUUGCAUUCGAUUCUUGUGAUGGUUGUGAUUCAUGCGAAAUACCAACUGGAUUUGGUAGAUGCGACAGUUGAGGUGAUAAUUAAUGAUGGCACAAUUCCGGGAAAGGAGAAGGAUGUCAAAGGGGAGUUGGAGGAGAUUAUUAAAAUGCAUACGAAUGUUUUGGGAAUAAUUCGUCUCGCAAGCCGUGUUUUCUCGAUGCUACUUUUAGCUUACAACUCCGCCGUGUAUUUCAUCAUCGGCUUUACCUUUGUAGCUACUCAACUCGACAAAAGCUUGAUAAUAUUCUCACCUGUGGCGAUAGUUUCCGUUGUUUACUUAGGUCUCAUUAGCUAUUUCGGUUCAGUUUUAUACGAAAGGUUAACAAGCGUCGGCAACGCCAUCUACUGCUCAAAUUGGUAUCUCUUGCCUGUAAAACAUCAAAAGACGCUCAAACUCGUGAUUCUACAGUCGCAAAGAUCCAAACCGCUAACGGCUGGCGACUUUAUUGAUUUAUCGCUCGUGUCAUUCUUGAAUAAUCAAAUGAGCACAUUGAGCAAAAGUGGAGUCAAAGGACGUGAUUUGAUAUUCUUUGACAAUCUGGAAAGUUGA